AAAAUUUUAUUUCUCACUUCCUCGCUUCAAUGACCUUUAGCGUGCCUUCUUUAACUCAAAUAUUGAUUGAUAUUAGACUUUGUUUGGCAAACCCCAAAGCGGGUGCGCGUCGUGAGAGCGCGUAAACCUGUGAAACGGCUCUGCUGUUAUGAUUUUUGUGCACCAGGUGGCUGCGUUUUUGUUGUACGUAUGUAGAAUGUACACUUCACAUCUGUACCGCCAUUACAUCAAUAAAUGUCAUUUGUACCGCGUCCCCUUAGAUCCAUUUUAUAGAAAAGUUUGUAUCGUUUAGAUAAUAAAUAUAGUAAUAAGCGGUAAUAAGUAUGUCUGCCAAACGUAAAAAUCCGGCAAGCAUUAAAAAAGGUCGUGGUAAGGCUAAGAAAGUCGAGUACGACGACGAGGAUAUUUCAAGCGAGCAUGAAUCCGACGUCGAGGACGCCGACGCCGGUUCAAAUGUCGACGGGGACGACGCCGUGGAAGACGCCGAUGAUUUGGCAGUUGUUGCUUCAAUGCCGGAGCUCCCUCCUCCGGAAGGUGGAUGGGGUAAACCAGGAACUUUGGUAAUGUGUGGUCUAACUAAUUGGGAUAUGAGUGGACGCAAAGCACCUCCUAAGGGAGUAAAAAACAGCAUAGGUCGUAACUUGUGGACCCCACACACAUUUAAAAACGUGAAUACACGAAUAAGACUAGUUGCUUCAGGACCUGCUGCAUCGCAUAGUGUCAUCGUCACUGAAGACAACAGGUGUCUUGUAUUCGGUAGAAAUGAUAAAGGACAACUUGGUGUGGGUGAUACUAAGCGUCGAGAUGAUCCAGUUGAAGUAGAAGCACUGAAGGAUCAUACAGUAAUAGCAGCUGCAUGUGGUCGUAAUCACACUCUAUUCUUAACGAGUCGUGGUACGGUUUUUGCAGCUGGUGAUAAUAAACUCGGUCAGUGCGGAGUCGGUAAAUCUGAAACGUGCAUCGCUACAGCCAUGAAAGUAAAGUACUCUGGUCCACCUAUAAUAAAAGUAGGAUGUGGUGUUGAUUUUUCUAUGAUUUUAGACAUUAAGGGAGGGCUGCAUUCUUUCGGUUGCCCAGAAUAUGGUGCAUUAGGUCAUAAUACGGAUGGUAAAUAUUUCAUAACUUCCACUAAAAUGGCAUUUCAUUUUGAGAAGGUCCCUAAGCGGAUUGUUCUGUAUGUUGAGAGAGCAAAAGAUGGACAUGUUACCCCCUUAGAUCGUGUAGAGAUUACAGACUUUAGCUGCGGUUAUCACCAUACAGUUGCAAUUGAUAGUAAGAAUCGCGCAUUCUCCUGGGGCUUUGGAGGUGUUGGUCGUUUAGGUCAUGCCGAACAGAGAGAUGAAUUGGUUCCACGCUUGAUCAAAUUCUUCGAUCCCCCAAGUCGUGGAAUCAAAUCUAUACAUUGCGGAAGCACUUACAGUAUUUCGAUUAAUGUACACGGAACAGCUAUGAUGUUUGGUCAAACCAAGCGAACUGGAGAAGCAAACAUGUAUCCCAAACCAAUCCAAGAUUUGUCGGGAUGGGAAAUUAGAUGUGUCGGUUGCUCCCAAACAAGCGUUGUCGUUGCUGCCGAUGAAUCAGUGAUUGCGUGGGGAGCUAGCCCUACUUACGGCGAAUUGGGCUUUGGGGAGAUGCGUAAAUCAUCGACAACGCCAAUGGAAGUGAAAGCAUUGGAAGGUCUUUAUGUGACUGCCGUAACAUGUGGGGUGUCACAUACCCUUCUUAUAUGUCGAGAUGAAUCUGACGAAGAAAAGGCAAAGCUUGCCAAACUCCAGGAAUAUGCCGUUUAACGUAAUAAAGUACUUUUUUUUCUUUAAACAAGAACUAUAAUUGGGCAUAUAAGUUAUUGCAGUGUUUUUUAUUGGGAUUGAUCAGUUUCAUGCGAAGUCUCAAAAGUGAUCCAUAACAUUGCUGUAGGCUACUGGCUAGGACUUUGGAAAGUAUUAUCUACAAAAAAUCGACAUUCAACGCAUUCAGCUCACCUUGUCUCAUUCUCUGGUGUUCAAUUUGUUAGUGAAAUUCUCAUCUGAUUAAAUGUCUGUCGUGUAAUUGCAUUAAAAGCAUCAUAGAAAUCAUCCAAAACAUAUAAUCAUUCACGUUUUCUUAGUUAUUCGUUCGUUAUUUGCAAUUUUUUCACGUCUCUCUAGUAUUAAGAAUAAUUAAGAUUCGGGAAUCUCCAUUCGCGGCGGAGUAUCCAGCGCCCUUUUUGUUCUUACCGUUGCGCAACUGUGCAACACAACAAAAGAUAGAAAAAACGAAAUAAGCGAUAAUACUCUCCUAAUUCGUAGAUUUCUCAAAAUCAUAGUAAAUAAUACGUCCAUACAAGGCAUAGACUUAGCUGUCUCUCUACUAUUUUGUCCUUCCAAUUUUUACUUAACAGUCAAACUAGCAAUGAAUGUUAAUUAAUUUGUGAAAAUCAGUUUUGUUAGUAGCUCAGGAUAUAGACCAAACAAAUAGAUGCAAAAAUAUAUUUUGAUACGUUGCUAUUUUAUUGACGUUCGCUCUAACUUAUACCAGGACUAUUAAUGUUCACUGACAAAAAGUGUUGGGAUCCAUUAAUGAUUUGAAGACUAUAGAUAUUAGGAUUAUUUAAAUGAAUUAAUUUAGUCAUCCAUUGUAAAGGCAAAAUCAGAUCAAUGAAACUCUCAUGGAAUCUAAUAUCGUUUCAUGAAUCUUCCAGUAUAUUUUGUGGCUUGAUCUUCAAGCUUUAAGUAAUGAAUAAAUUGUAAAUGGUAAUUUCAUACAACCUUUCUCCAUCAACGCGCGACUUUUACGAAAAGUUGCAAAUGUUUGUUAGUCCAAAAAUAGUUUUUGCGAAUGAUGCAAAUUGUUGCCUAUUAUAUUAUUACACUAUUAUUAUAACCAACUGAUACGUACAGUAUUUAUUAUUCUACACUUUUUUUUUAAAUCAUCAACCGGGAACUGGAUACCGAAGUACCUACUUUUUAUCAGUGUCGUAAUUACAGCGCGAGUACUUUUCCAACAUGUAGUCUAAUUUAAACGGAAAAAGUUUUUCAGUCAAUACCUUUUUUGUCAUAUUUUGAUAUCCUUUCGUUGGAUUAUUGUGGUGAAAUUAUUAUUGUAUAAUUCGAGCACUGCCAGAGUGUUGUAUUUUUCUAUUCGCGAUAUUUCAUAUUAUGUCGUCCUCUUCCAUUAUUUUCGAUUUUCAAAUUAUUUUUUGUAUGUGUGGUGAAAUCUUUAGCACUCGAAUAUUCCGAUAAAUCGUUGUAUAACAGUUGUACGAUUCUAAUUACCAAAUAAACGAAUUUUGUAAUAAACAUA